CUACUUCCAAACGAGGUUCUGUCCCAGUUGGCCGACGUCGGAAAUCGGCCUCCAGGUACGGAGGUCUCGGGGACCAGCAGGUUUUCACUCAGCACCCUACCGGAUUACAUGAGAAAGGCUUGUUGUGAAAAGGCUCGGCAUGCAUUGACCUCCUCGAGGACAGACGAGGCUGGCAAGAUUCUCGUUUCUUAUCCCAGACGUGCCAAGUCAAUCCUCGUCUUCGGCGGUUAUGAUGGGCCAGGCAGGAGAACCUGCGAGGAUGUCAUACACUUUGGAAUCGGCAACUUGCAGCAAAUAUCUACCAGAUCUAAAACAGUCAAACUAUCGUCAACAGACAUAUUCGAUGAACCUGAUGCAAAUGAAGAAGAGGCCAAAGAGGAGGAGGAACUAUAUGAACCGGUGGUGUGGAGCAGACCCAAUUUGUGCAAACUGCCAUUUCCAAGCGCUGGAUUAACGAGUGCAAUCACAUCUGACAAGAUAUACGUUAUGGGAGGAUGCAAGACGUCGCGGAUCGUGCGAAUCUACGACAUCGGAUCAGAGCGUUGGAUGAACGGACCAGAGUUGCUGGAUAAUCGCGUCUACAGUGGUUCGUGUUCUGUGGGCGAUAAUGUAUAUGUUUCUGGUGGCAUAGUACCCGAAAGCAGAGUCUCCGCAGAGAUGUACGAUCCAAGGCAACCUGCUUGGACGAGCCUACCUCAAUUAAAUGCAAACCAUGACAGAGCUUUCUCAAUAAAUGUAAAUGAUAGGAUCUUUACGGUUUCGGGAGGAUAUAGCUUACUUGAAGAAUAUGACAUUGCUGCUGGAGCAUGGGUUCGAUGGAUGGAGGUUUAUAUUAAGUAA